UGAGGGAGGAUGCUCAGCGCGAACCCGACCUUCCCAGACAUCAGCACGAGAGAGUCCGUGCGUGUCCCCCCUCCGCUCCGGAUGGUACCGGGAUGUAUUCUGGAAGGGGGAGUCUGGCCCCGAGGACACGCCAGCAUUCCCACCGCUGAGCCCGACAUAAAUGACGAAUAAAAAGAGCUCCUUCAAGCGAGCAAACAGCUCCGGAAUGCGCGAGUCUGCGCGGCUGCACUCACUGUCUAAGCGACAUUUAGCAGGUUUCGGACCUACCUAGUUUUUGCGUUUGAACUCCGUGUCGAAGAAUACAGACUGUCCGUAUAUUUCCUUUUAUUUUUAACAUUUUUUCUUUAUUUAUUUUGCUGAAGAGGCGGGUGUUUUUUUCUUCUUCUCUUUUCUUUUGUCAAGCGUGAACAAGCCAAACUUCUAGCAUGGCACUGGUCAUGGAGCCCGUGAGCAAGUGGAGCUCGAGUCAAGUGGUUGACUGGAUGAAAGGGCUGGACGACUGCCUGCAGCAGUACAUCAAGACCUUCGAGAGAGAGAAAGUCGGGGGGGACAAGCUGCUGCGUAUCACCCACCAGGAGCUGGAGGAUUUGGGGGUGUCUAGAAUCGGCCACCAGGAGCUCGUCCUCGAGGCUGUGGACUUACUUUGUGCUCUGAAUUAUGGGCUAGAGACUGAGAAUCUGAAGACUCUUUCUCAUAAGCUGAACGCGUCUGCCAAGAACCUGCAGAACUUCAUCACAGGCCGACGGCGCAGCGGCCAUUAUGACGGCCGAGCCACCCACAAGCUGCCCAACGACUUUCUUACGUCCGUGGUGGACCUGAUCGCUGCGGCCAAAAGCCUUUUGGCCUGGCUGGAUAGGUGCUCCUUUUUUUUCAGGUCCCCAUUUGCUGCAGUGGCAGAUUACUCCGUGACACGAAACAACGUGAUCCAGCUGUGUCUUGAGCUCACUACAAUUGUGCAACAGUGCUCUCUGAAUGUUCCCCAGGACUGCUCUGUGUACGAAACAGAAAACAAAAUCCUGCAUGUGUGUAAAACUCUGUCUGAAGUGUGCGACCACAUUAUCUCCCUGUCCUCGGAUCCCAUGGAGACCCGGGCUGCACAUUUGGAGGAUGUGCCGCUGGCCGACAUAUGGUCCACUGAAGGACUGGGCAUGUAUAUCAAAUCAACGUAUGAUGGUCUGCAUGUAAUCACCGGCACAACAGAAGGAUCUCUGGCUGACCGCUGCAAGAAAAUCCAUGCUGGAGAUGAAGUCAUUCAGGUCAAUCAUCAGACUGUGGUGGGCUGGCAGCUGAAGAACUUGGUGAACUUGCUGCGUGGGGACCCUGCAGGUGUCACCCUGACGCUGAAGAAACGGCCACAGAGCACGCUCACAUCAACCCCUGCACUGCUCAAGAAUAUGAGAUGGAAACCCUUGGCUCUGCAACCAAUCUUCCCUCAGAGCCCGAGCAGCAGUGUCGCCACACCCACCAGCACUUUAAGCACUCCGUCCAGGAGGAGCAGUUGUGCUCUGCAGGACCUCUACAUCCCCCCUCCUCCAGCAGAGCCCUACACCCCCAGAGAUGACAAGAGCAAUCUUUCGGGUGAUGAUCCUCAAUCGGAUGCUCAGGUCGCAGAGGGAUCUGAGUCACCGAACUCCUACCUGGACCAGGAGUGUCGGCGGCAAUUUCCUCUGGUGGAGGAAGAUGCUAUACUGUACUGUUAUGAGUACGACCAGAACCAAGAGGUGUCAUCAGUCCGCAGAGGGAGCACUCCCACCUAUGGCAGGCUUAGGCCCAUCUCAAUGCCAGUGGAGUACAACUGGGUGGGAGACAACGAAGACCUGGCCAAGCUGAAGAGAGAGAGCAGGAGAGAGAAUUCCCUGCUGCGUUUUGCGAGUGAGGAUAAAUCCCCGGGGGAGGACUUCCUGCUGGGACGCAGCCUGAGUCAGAACAGGAGGAAGAGUGAGCGGCGAGCCAGCCCCACCCAUUACACGCUCGUCCCCGCCCUCCAGAUGGAAGUCUCCCUGUCCACGUCCAGCUCUGACUCUGCCUCCCUCUACCAUGUAUUUGAGCGAUCCUCACUGAUGUCGAGGUCAAAGAAGAAGAGUAAAGCUGGAAGUCCCAUGUCUUCAAUUAGCAAGCGUCGGAUCUCCUGCAGAGACUUGGGUCAGGGCGACUGCGAGGGCUGGCUGUGGAAAAAGAAAGAUGCUAAAACCUAUUUCUCACAGAAGUGGAAGAAGUACUGGUUUAUCCUGAAAGACACAUGCUUGUACUGGUACAUGAACGAGGAGGAUGAGAAGGCGGAGGGCUUUGUCAGCCUCCCGGAGUUUAAGAUUGAUCGCGCCACUGAAUGCAGACGGAAGUAUGCUUUCAAGGCUUGCCAUCCGAAGAUAAAGACCUUCUACUUUGCAGCGGAAAAUGUAGACGACAUGUCGCGGUGGCUGAGUCGUCUCAGUAUGGCAGUGGCAGGCUACUCUGAGCAGGAGAAAAUUCAACCGGACCAAGAUUACUGGAGUGAGAGUGAUCAUGAAGACAUGGAGAUGCCCCCCAUGACCAAACAGGACAGUCCGCCACCACCCUAUGACACCUACCCGAGGGCAUCCUCAGUGAGUCCCUACCUGCAACCUAAACGAGGCCACCUCUCCUCCUCCGACACGUUCCAGUCGCGGUCCUCUCAUGACGACUUUCACUCUAAGCCUCAGGACGGCAGCAGCAACAACGGCAUCUCCCCCGGGCAGAAGACCAGCGGCCACCGAAACUCAUGGCAUGACCAGAUGGAAAACAACACGAGGAUGCACUACCUCCAGACGCUUCCGGCGGAGGACAACCUGCUAUCUGAGGACAGAGACCAACUGACGAUGGAGUACCGCAGACAGUCCACCCUGCCGGCGCAGCGCAGCCAGCUGCUAGAGCAGUACAGAGCCCUGCCUCUGCCUCUCAGGUCCAGCAUCGAUUCGGAUGCAGGCGGGAAGCCCCGCAGCUUCACGCUACCCAGGGACAGCGGGCUGCAUGCUAUCUUGGCCGCCAGCGCCGCUGCAUCGGAUCAGAGGGAGCCCCAUCACUACCAGCUGGACCGGGCCAGAGGCAGCGGCCAGGGACGGGACUGCAGGAUGCAGGCUGACUCUCUGGGAGACUUGUAUAGGGCUCUGGAGCAGAGCAGCCUGUCCACAUCGUCUGACCACAGAUCAGCCAACCGCCUGGAGUACAAACGCUCAUUUGUCCGCCGGGUAAAUGACCCACUGCUCGAUGACAAGCUUCAUCGCCUGCGGAUCCUCCACAGCUCCCUUAAGAAUGUCCCUCUUCACGACACCAACCGGUCCCUGGGUUUUUUAGGGUAAACUGAGGAGCAGUGUGUUAAUAGAACCUCAAACCAAUCGCCUCAGCCUGUGCCUCACACUGCUGGCAUCCCUUUGCUGGAGCUAAAAGGCACCAAAAACCUUCCUUUACCUGCUUGGCUCCGCAUCUCCUCUGCUUUUACGGCUCCUUCAACCUCGCUCAGCGUGCAGGAGCACAAACACUUGGUGUCCCUCUCCGAUCUCAAAGAUGAGGGCUCUUACUAAAGGCAAAAAAAAGGUGUCUGGCUAGAUAGAGCAACAGGUUUCAUGACUGGAAUAUAAGCACUUUGUGUAUGUGUCAAAGACGCGUCGGAGAGCUUUGCGAUCCAUCGCUUGCAUGCAUGGCCGCCUCCCCUCGCUUCUGUUGAUCCGUUUUGAACUUUAUGCUGGAGUUGUGUACAGCCGCUGUGUAUCGUCUGACGGCAAAGCUAUUUUGGAUGUACACAACAUUUUCUUAUGCAUGUGUGUAUGAUUUAAGGGUAUGUUUGUUCUAUGACUGUACAGGGUGUUAAGCAUAUAUACAUAUUUAAUAUUACAUUACUGCAACAACAGUGACUACACAAUGUUUUGGGGUACUUAAACAAAUUGUAAAUCAAGUGCUGUGCCUCAGUGAUUGUGAAUGUACAUUGUACUUUUUCAAAGGAGACGAGCAAAGUUGUAGAAAGCAAGCUAUUCCUCAAAACAGGAGCACAAAUAAAUGCUUGGCAAUAAUGAACUAGUAUUGUACAUUACAAAGGAAUGGUCAGAACAUUUGUCUAUUUUUGUAUGCAUGCCGUCUACCUAAUUGUUUGUAAAACAGUUUUGUAUUUCUGUAUUUUUUCGGCCAGGAGAAUACUGGUGUUUCCCUCCACCCCGUUGUGUUUUUGAGACUUGAAAAGAAGAAGGAUUUUUUUGUUAAGAGGAAUAACUGUAUUUAUUAAGUGUUUAAUGUACAAGCAUGCUUUGUAUAACUAAAAUACAGUACCAUGCUGUUGGCAAUUGACUAACAUUGCACAAGUGUGCCAUAUUGUAGCUACAUUACUUUUUUAUUGAAUAAAGUAUGGCAAAGGCACACUGAAGAAAGAA